CAAACCGGAAGUCUUCAUAACUGUCCACCUCAGGAGAGUCUCUGAGAGCUGAUAGAUCGAUCCCUGCUGCUCCGCGUUUAGAGACUAAUUCACCUUAAAACUGAGUUUUUAGAUUUAUUAAUGAUCUCAUAUUCAAAGGAGGGUUAGGGUUAGCUUCAUAAUUAGCCGCGUCAUUGUUGCUAACCUUGUAUAAAUCAGAGUGUUGUCUGUUUGAGCAGCUAAUGCUAACAGAUGAGCUCCUCUGAGGCUCUCUCACUGAUUCUUGUUUAUUUUAAAGAUUAAUAUUCUGAUUUAUUGUUUCUUUAAAUGGAUGAGCACAAGGAGAACAUUCAGACUGAGGACGUCAAUGUGAAGAUGUCUAACACCCGAGAGGAGGAAGAGACGAAGCCGUGCGACAGGAUCUGCCCUGAAGAUCCUGAUCCUCAGGUGUCCCCGUCUCAGUCCAACAGCGACUUCAGUCAUCCCGUGUACAAAGAGAUCGCCCUCGCUAACGGACACAUCAACCGCAUGUCCAAGGACGAGCUGAGGAAGAAGUUAGCAGACCUGCGGCUGGACACGAGAGGCGUGAAGGAUGUGAUGAAGAAGAGGCUGAAGAGUCACUACAAGAAGCAGAAGCUGCUGCAGUCCGCCGCAGAGGGAGGACCCACCGACACGUACUACGACUACAUCUGUGUGGUGGACUUCGAGGCCACGUGUGAGGAGGAGAAUCCUGCAGACUUCCACCACGAGAUCAUCGAGUUCCCCCUCGUGCUCAUCAACACACACACGCUGGAGAUAGUGGACUCCUUUCAGGAAUACGUCCGACCAGAGCUGAACCCUAAGCUCUCAGACUUCUGUGUGAAGCUGACCGGGAUAACUCAGAAAAUGGUGGAUGAAGCGGACACGUUUCCAGACGUCCUGACCCGGGUGGUGGAGUGGCUUCGGGAGAGAGAACUCGGGACAAAGUACAAAUACGCCAUCCUCACUGACGGAGCCUGGGACAUGAGCAAGUUCCUCAACAUCCAGUGUCGGCUCAGCGGCAUCAGAUAUCCUCAGUUUGCCAAGAAGUGGAUAAACAUCAGGAAGUUAUACGGAAACUUCUACAAGGUCCCUCGCUCACAGACGAAGCUGAGCACCAUGUUGGAGAAGCUCGGUCUGAAGUACGAAGGCCGCCCUCACUCCGGCCUCGACGACUCACGCAACAUCGCCAGGAUAGCUCUCCGCAUGCUGCAGGACGGCUGCCAGCUGCGCGUCAACGAACGCAUCCACGCCGGCCAGCUGAUCCCCGUCCCAAGCUCCGCCCCCGUCGAGGGAGCUCCGCCUCCACACGGCCCCCACAGCAGGACCUAACGACACGAACUGAAGCUCCCGCGUACAGAGAAACCAAACAUCUGUCUCCUCUCUGACCUCUCAGGAGUUCAGGAGAGAAGUUUAGUGUGAUGAAUUUAAAACUCUUGUUGGUGAAUGGUGGACUAAAAGGGUCGAUGUUUGGAUUUAAGAUUCAUAGGUGAUAUAUUUUUACACCAGAUGUCUAAAAACAGAGAUCAUUCUUCUUCUUGUGUUUCGGGAGGUCUUCUCCCUCAACAGCUUCAGUGCAAACCUCCCUCACCCUGCCUUAUCAAGCUGCUAUCAUCCAAACAUGUAGCCUAAGUUCAUUCGUCACAGGACGCUGUCAAUACGUUGAUUUUGUUUCAGGUCGUGUUUCCUGAAACCUUUAAAUGUCCUUCUGUAGGCUUCGUCCCAUCAUAAAGACCUGCUGCUAAAGUCAGCGUGCUCUUUAAAUCUCCUCAUUAUUAAACAUUUGAGCUGCUCCAUCUGAGACACGACACCGUCUCUAAGUUUCAGAGACUAGAAGUGAAGAGUUUCUGUGAUGGAUGGAAUGUUUUACAGGAACACGCUCGGAACGCCAAAUGAUGCAAAUAAAACCUGUUUCUUCUUCUUGUAA